AUGGAGGAUUUAAAAAAAAAUUUAUCAGAAGUAUUUUUAAGAGGACUAAAUAACGGCUUUUCGGAUUCGGAAAUCCAAAAUAUACUAAACUCUAUGAUUACACAUGGUGAAAUCAACGGUGACUCAUUUUUCGACUAUCUGAAACACAACGCCGUUACUGCUAAUGACUUUGUUUUCCUUGGCUGGUUUUGUGAAUGGACCUAUAAGACUCCAGAACCAAACUUUUGUUUUCGUCAAUACGAAAAAGCAUUUCAGAUUGAUCCAACUAAUAUCUAUAGUCAGGCACAUAUUGCCAAUUGGAUCUAUCGAAAAAAUUAUGUGCAAGCUUUAAAAUUAUAUAAAGAAUAUUCGCAAAGCGGAAAUCACUUGUGUCAAUAUCAACUGGCUUGCAAUUAUAUCGAUAGUGAUUUUAAUAAAGCUUUUCAAUUGCAGCACUCAGCAGCUUUAAAAGGUCAUAAGCAUGCUCAGUUUGGUUUGACAUAUUGUUAUACAAGGGGAAUAGGAACGCAAAAGGAUUUGCAUAAGGCAUUUUAUUGGAGUACAAUAGAUUCCGAAAAGAAAGACGAAUUUCAAAUCGUAGAAUGGAUGGAUUGGAUU